AUGGAGAGCAGUGUCCCUCACAAUGCGGCAGCGUGGGCGCUCAAACCCAAAACAAGACCCUUAGUGGUAUCUUCCGCACCCUACAAAUCACCGCCAGCAGACUUCGUCACGAUCAAAGUCCACAGCGUUGCAGUAAACCCGAUCGAUUGGAUCAUGCAAGAUCAGGAUGUCUUCCGGGCCAAGUAUCCUACGAUCUUCGGAUCUGACCUUGCUGGCACGAUUGCAGAGGUCGGUGCAAGCGUACACUCGCUGAGAGUAGGACAGCGAGUUAUCGCACACGCUGGAGGCCUUUCAUCCAACGAUACGUCCCGCGGAGCGUUCCAGAAAUACGCUAUUGUCUCACAAAACGCAGUCGCAGAGCUGCCCGACGAGAUUGCCCUUGAAAGAGGCGUCGUCCUCCCGCUAGGCAUUUCAACGGCAGCUGCUGGACUCUACCAGAAGAGCUAUCUUGCCUUACCUUUCCCCAGUCCUGAGGCGGAGUGGAGUCUCAAUCGUACCAUCCUGAUCUGGGGUGGUAGUAGUAGUGUUGGAUCCUGCGCCAUUCAGCUGGCCGCAGCAUCCGGUGCUGAAGUUUUCACCACAGCCAGCGAAGGCAACUUCGACUACGUGAAGAAGCUCGGCGCGAGUACAGUCUUCGAUUAUCACGACGCUGGCGUUGAAGAUCAGAUCGUUGAUGCGCUGGAAGGCAAAACUCUUGCUGGAGUCUACCAUGCUGUAGGGGUAGAUGGUGCCGUCCAAACUUGUGCCCGAAUCGCACAUCGCAGCAAGGGUAAAGCCAUUGUUGUUACUGUCCGUGGCGUGCCAGAUAAUGGCAUUCCGAGCAGUGUCCGUGUCAAAGCGAUUUCUUCUAGUGCAAUCUUCCAGGAGGGCAACCCGGUCGGACCUAGUGUCUGGCGUAAAUACCUGCCAAAGGCACUGGCUCAGGGCGUACUGGUGCCGAAGCCUGACCCCCUGAUCGUUGGCAACGGGUUGCGGUCAGUGCAGCACGGCUUGGACAAGCAGAAGGCGGGUGUGAGUGCUCGGAAGGUGGUGGUGAACAGAAUUGACAAAGAUUCGUCACAUGAAGUAUAG